AUGCGCUGCCUCGUAAGCGGCGGCUCCGGCUUCAUCGCCGCGCAUGUAAUCGAAGCCCUGCUGAAGAACAAGCACUCGGUCGUCUUCACCGUCCGCUCCGAUGAGAAGGGCCAGAAGAUCCUCUCCAAUCACCCCAACAGCCCCAAAGAUCAACUCUCCUACGUGAUCGUCAAAGACAUUGCACAACCCUGCGCCUUCGACGAAGCCGUCAAGUCGGACCCACCAUUUGAAGCAGUCCUCCACACCGCGUCGCCUUUCCACUUCAACGUCACCGACCCCAAGAAGGACCUUCUCGACCCCGCCAUCAAUGGCACCAACGGGAUCUUGGCAGCAAUCAAGAAGAGCGCGCCAUCCGUAAAACGCGUCGCAAUCACCAGCUCAUUCGCCUCAAUCAUAAAUCCGAGCAACCACGCCAAAGUCUACAGCGAGAAAGUCUGGAACCCAAUCACCAUGGAGGAAGCUGUCCAGGAUCCCGCAUCAGCGUACCGCGCGAGCAAGAAGUUCGCUGAGGAAGCAGCGUGGAAGUUCGUCGAGACCGAAAAGCCGAACUUCACGCUCACGACCAUCUGCCCGCCGCUCGUGCUGGGACCGGUAGUGCACUACUUCAGCAGUCUGGAGAGCUUGAACACGUCGAAUGAGCUGGUACGGGAUCUGAUUCAGGGAAAGUUUGCUAAGGACGGCUUGCCAGCGACGAGGGUGCCGCUGUUUGUCGACGUAAGAGACUUGGCGGACGCACACGUGCAAGCGGUAGAGAGGGAACAGGCGCAGGGCAAGAGGUUCUUCGUGACGGCGGGCUUCUUCAGGAAUGGCGAUGUUGCAGACAUUGUGAAGAAGAACUUUCCCGAGUACGAAAAGAAGUUGCCGGGAAGCUGGGAGUAUGUGCCCAAGGAUUUUGGAUUCGAUGUGGACAACAGUCGGGGCAAGGAGGUGCUGGGAUUGAAGUACAGGAGGUUGGAGGAUAGUAUUGUGGAUCUGGUUAAGAGCUUGCAGGCUGCUGGUGCAUAG